UGAGGGGGGACCCAGGCAGCCUGGGCGAGAGGCACCAGCUGAUUUCCGAUGCUCCUGUUGUUGCCUUUGAUUUUGGCAGAACGAUGGUGAGACAGGGAUCGUGCCGAGAUGCAACCCCUCACACUCCCUAUAGCACCCGGCGUGACAAGAGGAGAGUGAAAAGGCAAAGGGAGGGCCAUAUCCAUAUUACUGUGUGGAGAGAGAGAAAAACUCUGAGGAGAGAAAUGGGGGAGAACACACAAGAUGGAACCCCAGGGAGCUGGUUCAAGAUCACCAUUCCCUAUGGGAGAAAGUAUGAUAAGACAUGGCUAAUGAAUUCAAUCCAGAGCCAUUGCAGUGUCCCCUUCACUCCAGUGGAUUUUCACUACGUGAAAAACCAGGCUCGGUUCUUUGUCCAGGAUGCUGGCACUGCCUCCGCAUUGAAGGAUGUCAGCUACAAGAUUUGGGAUGAGAAGAACCGAAAGAUAUCUAUCUUUGUCAAUCCUUCUACUGUACCCUACUCUGUGCGGUAUAAGUUGGAGCCAGAAGAAAUGGAGCAGCUAAAGCUGACCAUAAACAAACGCUAUGACGUCUCCCAGCAAGCUCUUGACCUCCAGAGUCUCCGCUUUGACCCAGACUUGGUGGGCCAUGAUAUAGAUAUGAUCCUGAAUCGAAGAAACUGCAUGGCUGCCACCUUGCAGAUCAUUGAAGAGAAUCAUCCCGAGCUCUUGUCCUUGAACUUGAGCAACAACAAACUGUACGGGCUGGAUGGCCUGUCUGACAUUAUACAGAUGGUCCCCACAGUCAGGAUCCUGAACCUCUCCAAAAAUGAGCUGAACUUGGUGUGGGAGUUAAACAAGAUGAAAGGGCUGGAUCUUGAAGAGCUUUGGCUAGAAGGGAACCCCUUGUGUGACACCUUUCCAGACCAGCCCACCUACAUAAGUGCCAUCAAGGAUUGUUUUCCUAAGUUGUUACGCCUGCAUCCAGGGCCACCUCCCUGGUCUCCACUGCCGACUUCUUCUUCCCUUCUCCAGGAUGGCCAGGAGUUAUCACCACCAGUUAUCACUGAUACUGACACACCCUGCUUGAUAAAGCCCUGCAAGGAAAGCUACAAAGGAUCUGAUGCCCUGAAGAGUCUAGUCCUGCAAUUCCUGCAGCAGUACUAUUUGAUCUACGAUUCUGGAGACCGUCGGGGUCUCCUCGAUGCCUACCAUGAAGAGGCCUGCUUCUCCCUGGCCAUUCCCUCCAGCCCCGAGGACCCAGCCCUAAGCAGCUUGUGCGAGUACUUCAAGGAAAGCAGGAAUAUGAAGAAGCCCAAGGAACCCUCCCUGUGUGUUCAGCCGCUGAAGCAUACAAAACAUAACAUCGUGGGCUCCCUCUGUGUGCUGCCCAAAACACAGCAUGACCUCAGCUCCUUCUUGGUGGACAUGUGGUUCCAGACGGAGAAGGUGCUCUGCUUCUCUGUUAACGGGGUGUUCAAGGAAGUGGAGGGAAAGUCUCAGGGCUCUGUUCGUGCCUUCACCCGGACCUUCAUCGCUACCCCUGCCAGCAAUUCCAGUCUAUGCAUCGUGAAUGAUGAGCUGUUUGUGAGAGAUGCCACCCCCACGGAGACUCAGAGUGCAUUCUCCAACCAAGAGCCUACACUGACCCCCAGCUCCGUGCCCACCCUCUCCCAGGAGCAGCAGAAAAUGGUGCAUGCUUUCUCCACUCAGUCUGGGAUGAAACUCGAGUGGUCUCAGAAGUGCCUUCAGGACAACGAGUGGAACUACACCAGAGCUGGCCAGGUCUUCACUAUGCUCAAGAAUGAGGGCAAGAUCCCAGAGGAGGCCUUCAAGCAAAUCACCUAAAAGGAGCCUUGGGUGUCCACGCCAUCAUUGUUUCUCUUUUGUCCAACCUAAGGCCAUGCCCAUGACUGGGGAUGGAGGCCUGGCUGACCAAGAAAUCAAAAUGACCUUGCAAGCCAGGUAACAUAACCACCUGAAGGAUCAGUUGUUCCAUGUAUUUUCCCCACACACGAUUGCUGUUUAUUUUCAUAAUAAAGAGUUAUGUUGCACG